ACCAAUGAAAGAAAGAGGAGCUGAUCAAGCGAUAGGAGGACUAUAAUUGUUUCUACUUUGAGAAGAUAUUAUAAAACGCUAUUAAAAUGUCGGAUUUUGAAGAUAACCCAUUUGCAGAAUCGUACGACAUCAACCCUUUUCAGGAUCCCUCGGUUACACAAGUGACCAACUCGGACGUAGACCACAUUGAUCAAUUUAACCCUUUCCCAGACCAUCAGACGGUUAGCCUAUCAGGGCUCACCAUUCCGGCCUCCAGGAUCCCUUCCCAGCCUGCCGUGCUGCAGCCGUCAACAGAGCCCGGGCCACAGGUCACGGAGGCUGCGGGCCAGGCUAGCCUGCUGAGGCAGCAGGAGGAGCUGGAGCGGAAGGCUGCAGAUCUGGAGGACAGAGAGAAGGAGUUGCAGAGCAGGGGAUCCGCAACAGGCAACAACUGGCCACCUCUUCCCAAGGCUUUUCCCAUAAAUCCUUGCUUCUACCAGGACUUCUCGGUGGAGAUUCCCAUGGAGCACCGGAGGGUCUGCCAGAUGAUGUACUAUCUGUGGAUGCUCCACUGUGUGACUCUGUUCCUCAACCUGCUGGCCUGUCUGCUCUACUUCACCGUGGACACGUCCUUUGGCAAGAACUUUGGCCUGUCCAUUCUUUGGCUCAUCCUGUUUGCCCCGUGCUCCUUCCUCUGUUGGUACAGACCUGUCUACAAGGCCUUCAAGUCGGACAGCUCCUUCAGUUACUUCUUCUUCUUCUUUGUGUUCUUCUGCCAAGUGGUGGUGUUCAUUAUCCAGUCUAUGGGCCUCCACAACUUGGGAAACAGUGGUUGGAUCACCUCGUUGAUAGCCUUCAGCUCCAACAAGGCGGUGGGAGCCAUCAUGAUGGUGGUGGCCUACUUCUUCACUGCCUGUGCUGUGCUGUCAGUCAUCCUGCUGGGGAUGGUGCACAGCCAGUACAGACGUACCGGGGCCAGCUUCCAGAAGGCCCAGCAGGAGUUCUCCCAGGGCGUGCUCACCAACAAGACCUUCCAGACGGCUGCCACCUCCGCCGCCGCCUCCGCUGCCUUCCAGGGGAACAACUAGACCCAGGCCGGGCUAACUCAACCCCCAGAUACCACCUUCACCUCCUCCAUCCAAUGUCCACCACCACAACACUUGUUUGGGAUGGAUCCCCUCCCCUGCUGUCACCAUCCAGUGCAGGUCCCACCAUGGAGCUCAUUUCAU